ACAGCGGGGUUGUCGUUUCUGUCGAACCUUUGAUACGGACGGAACAACCGGAAGUGCUGCGCUAAUAAUGUCCGUCUUUGGUACAAUGUUGAUUUUGGAGGAACAGAACAGCACAAAUGGAGACAGACUUCAACCCUGUGGUCAGAGUAAUGAGGUGCACCCAAAACCAGGAAAAACAGAUAAACAGUACAAGUGUGGCCAGUGUGGGAAAGCUUUCAACCGACCCGCUUAUCUAAAACAACAUCAAGUUAUCCACAGUGAGGAAAAACCGCACACCUGUGAGCAAUGUGGGAUCGCUUUCAGGCAGUUACGGAGCCUAAAAAGACAUCAACUCAUCCACAGUGGAGAGAAACCACACACAUGUGACCAGUGUGGGAAAUCUUUCAGUGAAUUGUUUCGUCUAAAGAAACACCAACUCGUCCACAGCGGAGAGAAACCGUACACCUGUGACCAGUGCGGCAGAGCUUUCAGUCAGUCAUCUACUCUAAAAUUACACCAGCGUACUCACAGUGGACAUAAACCACACACCUGUGACCAAUGUGGGAAAUCUUUCAGCCAGUUAACUAACCUAAGGACACACCAACGCAUCCACAGUGGAGAGAAACCACACACCUGUACCCAGUGUGGCAGAACCUUCAGCCAGUCAUUUUGCCUCAGGACGCACCAACUCAUCCAUAGUGGACAUAAACCGUACAUCUGUGAGCAGUGUGGGAAGUCUUUCAAUCAGUUAUCUGGCCUAAAGAAACACCAAGUCUUGCAUAGUGGAGAAAAACCGUACAUCUGUGAUCAAUGUGGAAGAGCUUUCAGCCAGUCUUAUCAUCUUAGGAUACAUCAACUCAUCCACAGAGGGCACAAACCGUACACCUGUGACCAGUGUGUGAAAUCUUUCAAUCAGUUAUCUAACCUAAAGGCACACCAACGCACCCACAGUGGAGAGAAACCACACAUCUGUGACCAGUGUGGAAGAGCUUUCAGCCAGUCAUCAACGUUAAAAACACACCAGCGUGUUCACAGUGAAAAUAAGACUUAUACCUGUGAAGAAUGUCAGAAGUGUUUUAGCCGCAGGAAUUGGUACAUAAGGCAUAAACGGAUGCAUAUGGGAGACAAACCGUAAUGGUCAAGUUGAUUUAGCAUAGACGUCUUGUUCAGACUGUGAGGCUUGGAGUUGGAUCUCAUCCCCAGAAUCCAUGAGAUAAAAUGGAUGAGUGCCUAUGAUUCCCUGUGGAUGGGAUGCCAGUCUGAUUCAGGUUACUUCCCCAGCAAAGACCGGUACCCAUUUACAUCUGGGUGGCCUGAGACAAAGUAGAUGAAGUAUUUUUAAUGCAAGGACACAGACAGUAGACCGUGAAACCUCAACCAAUUUCAACACAAUCAAUACCAUCUAAAGACACAUUCUGCUCGAACAGGUGGAUAAGGAGCUGGACUGUCAGUUUGUUGACCUGGGUUCAAAUCCCUCUCCUACUACCUACCUAUGUCACACUACCUUCAUCUGUCUCAGUCCACCUGUCUGUAAAUGGGUACCAGCCUUGACUGAGGUCCCGUCGUGAAUGAAGGAUUACACAGGGGUCAACAUUUAAAAAUGCUCCAAUAAUUUAAAAAAGAAAAUAUACCAACUAUUUUUGUGAUCAUAAGGAUUACAAAAGGUGUAGUUUUGUCUAUAUGGUAAAAAUGAUCAAUUUCAGGAAGUUGUUUAUUCACCUUCAGUGGUACUGAAAGCCUGCCUGGCUCGUGGACGACAGUGACUAACUCAGGUCCCGUAUUCACAAAGCAUCCUAAGGCUAAAAGUUAUUAGUUAUGUCAUUCUAAGAAAAAUCUUAGAAUUCCUUGAAUUCUAAGAUUUUUUUUUUAGAGUUUUCCCUUGUUAAAAGUUAAGCAUCUUGGGCCUUAAGAGAGCCCCUAAAGUGAAAAACUGUUAAGUGGAGGGAGGAGGACUUUUAAGAAGCCUAAGUGUGUCUUAAACAGACAAGAUGGUGGAGAGAUGUUCUCCGUAUGUAGGAUGACUGAUUCAAUAACACGCUGCCGGCUUGAUGGUGCAGGGAUAAUGUUUGUGGUCGACCUCAUUACGAAUGAGCUGACUUUUCCCACCCAGCAUAGUAACGUAAUAACGACUGAGAUGGCCAUCACAACAACUGGUUACGGGAAAAAUGUAAAUUGCAUGUAAAUUCUAUAACGUUCAUACAGUAAUAUCAAAGUAAGCAAUGUCAGCGGCUUCAAUGGUUUCCUACAACCAGUGGUGGGCACAGUUCCGAUAAUCCGAUAACAGAUCAUUAUUGAAGAUAAUGUUUUCAUUAUCGGAUUAUCUUUUUUGGAAACUCGGUCCAAAAAU